AUAAUUACUAUGCCGAAAAAUAAAGGAGGUGGCGGAAAAUCAAAAGGAGCAGAAGGGGGGAAGGAAGUAAAGGAGAAAAAAGGAACAGGAACUGCAGUAAAAGUACGACAUAUAUUAUGUGAAAAACAGUCCAAGAUAUUAGAAGCCUUACAGAAAUUAAAAGAUGGUGGUAAAUUUAAUGAAGUUGCAUCGAAGUAUAGUGAAGACAAGGCUAGAUCAGGGGGUGACCUUGGUUGGAUGACCCGAGGAAGUAUGGUGGGACCAUUUCAAGAAGCAGCUUUUAGUUUACAAAAUAGUACAGUUGGUUCACCCAUCUAUACAGACCCACCCAUAAAAACUGUUCACGGUUACCAUAUUAUCAUGGUGGAAGGAAAGAAAUAAUGUAAAAAAUAAACUUGUAUCAAUGUAUUUCAUAUGUGAAUAUAUGUGGAGACUUUCUACAUGUGUAAUGUCAACAAUUUAUUUUAUUCAAAUUUUAAAAAUAAAAAAGAAGUUGUGUAAUUAUUCAGUGAA